CUGACCCUGCUCUUCCGCAUGAGGUACUACUUCCGCAACUGGCACGGGCUGAGCCAGAAGGAGCCGGGCGUGUCCCGCCACGCGGCCCGGCAGAGCGACGCCCCCGAGGACAAGCUGCAGGGCGGGGCCCUUCUGGACAAGGCCUCCUUCGAGUACCUCUUUGAGCAGGGGAAAUACGAGUUCAUCAACGACGUGGCGUCUCUGCGAGACCUGCAGAGUGAGCCGGAGAUCCACCGCUUCAAGAACGAGAGCCUGGGCAUGGCCGUCCUGCACCUCUCCCACCUGGCCAUCAGGCGCGGCGUGUCUCUGGAGGAAGUGGCCAAGAAAACCAGCUUCAAGGGCUGCAUCCCGCGCUCCUUCUGCCGCCAGAUGCAGCAGAACAGCUCCCUGACCCGGCUGCGCAUGCGCAACGUCUUCCGCAAGUUCGUGCAGCGCUUCCAGCGGCACACGGUCAGCGCGGGGAAGCUGACGGAGCAGGACAUCAUGUACAAGUACCUGGCCACCCUGGAGAGCCUGGCGCCCCGCUUCGGGAGCGAGCUCUUCCCGGCGCUGGCCCUGCAGGCGGCCUGGGAGGGCGAGAAGGCGCCGCUCUACCUCAACGGGGGGCACCCGCCCCCUCGGGACAGGCCCGCGCCACCGGCAUGGAGGGGAUCCAGUGGCGGGCCGUCCCUGCCCAG